UGUUUACAUUCAGCACCAGGUGGAAGCUGUCUUCUGGUGUGUGUUGUACUCUGCAAAGAGAGAUAUGGGUCGUCGUAAGUCAAAGAGAAAGCCGCCCCCAAGGAGGAAGAACAUUGAACCCCUAGACACACAGUUCAACUGUCCUUUCUGCAACCACGAGAAGUCGUGUGAAGUUAAUAUGGAUAAACCGAGGAAUGCUGGGAGAGUCUCUUGUCGGGUCUGUCUGGAGGACUACCAGUGUACCAUCAAUUACCUCUCGGAACCUGUGGAUGUGUAUAAUGAUUGGAUAGAUGCCUGUGAAACGGCAAAUUGAUCUACUUCCAUUUCCGCAACUUAUAAAGUUAUAUUACGAGUUAAGUUUACUGUCUUUACGGUAUGAGUACAGGGAUAGUAUAACAUUUUUUAUGUCUCUGGCUUGUUUCUACAGGAAUAAAGCUUGUUGUAUAAUUAUACUCUCUUCCUAUUAUGUACGGAGUGUUAGGUCACACCCUCGUCCCUCUUUAUUGAGUCGUUCAUUACGACUUUGAGUUUACAAAAAUGUAUACAUACUUUGGUUUUAUUUGGUUUGGCCUCACUACUGAAGGCAGUAUUUUUGAAUGGGAAAAAAAUCAUAAAGUAUCUAAAUUUCUUUUAUUUGUCGGAUUUGCACGUUAAAUAUAAAAUAUUCGUACACAAUCAAUACCCUUUUAAGAUGGAAAACAUUUAUUGUUAUUGAAUACUGGUAAGCUAUACAAAAUUUAUAUAUGUAGUUUACUGUAUAUGAAUGCAUUUAAUACAUACAGUAUACAUAAUUUUUCUAUACAGUAUUAUAGAAUUGGUAUUUUUUUUUGUACAUUGAUGGAAUAUACUGUAUGUAUAGUGGCAUUAUCUAUACAGUAUUUCUAAUGCAUUUUUUCAAAGGAUAGAUUUUUUUUUUUUGGCGAUCUUUCGUGCAUUCAUUUAAUGUCAAUUUGGGCAUUAUAAUUAAUUAAAUAUUUAAAGAUUUA